CCGUUGGAAGUGAUCCCAAAUCUCAAACAGUAAAAGCCAUCUUCAACACAAGCCCAACACCAUAUUUUUCAUAUGCUGCUGCUUCUUUACUCUCUAUUUGCUGUUACAAAGUUUCUUGCUCUUCUGUGAGGUUUCCAGUUUGAAUUCUGUUGACUUCGGAUGCCCUCUAGUCAUGGUGGGCAUAAUUUCAGUGGCAUUGGCUGUGGAACAUCUGCCCACAGCAAGCAUACCCUCAACAAUAUCCACCCAAGCCAAGCACCCCAAAUUCAUCCUAAUACCCAAUCUUGAUACCCAAUUAUCUGUCAAAUCCACCAUAAAACAAUUUAUUGAAGAAUGUCUCUACAUUCCCUCUCAUUUACAGUCUAUCUCUACUCCUCUGUUUACGAGACUGGAAGAGACUGAGUCGGUGGAGGAUGUCUACUCUAAAUAUGACUGCAAUACAGAGGCUGAUAAUCCUGGGCUUCAUUUCGAAGAAGAUACCUGCACAUUUUGGGGGCUAGAAUCUGGGAAAAGUAUACGUUUGCAGGAUGACUGGAGGCUACAAGAUUACCAUAUACUCCACAAGUCAAGUAUAUCUCUUAAGAUUCUUCCAGAGCGUUUAUCUGCAGAAGGUGGCCGUAUAUUUGUAGAAACCAAGGAUGGGAUUCUCCCCCUGGUGGGGAUUGGUCCUUCAUCAAGGGUCUCAGAAUUGAAACAAAGACUCGAGUCUAUGACAGGGAUUCCAGCAGCUCAUCAACUCUUAUCUUCAGUUGGACGAGUCAUGCAUGAUGAAUUCCAUAUCAGUGACUUUGAAGGUUUUCAUGCAAUUUAUGAGGGCAGUAUUAUUGAUCUAUGUAAAUCAGGGGACAGCAAUUUGGACCAAGCUCAUUGCCACUUGAUUGUUUUCCUACAUGCUAGCAAUGGACAAACCUCAACUCUUGUAGUCCAGCCUUCAUAUCAUGUUGGAAGCAUUAUGCAGAUUGUUGAAUCUCGCAUGGGAAUCCCUCAGUGGAAGCAGCGAAUUAUUUUUAACGGCAAGGUAUUGCAGGAGAAGAAAGUUCUUGCAGACUAUUUCAUCUAUCCAGAAUGUACAUUUCAUGUGAAUAUUCUAAAGAGCCCAGGGAAAAACCCUGCAAGAUUAGCUUCUAAAUCUCAAUCAGAGGACAAACCAGAACAUCUAGAGGAAUCUAUGCAAAGGCCUGCUGCCAGAAAAUUUAAGCUAAUAAGAACCCAAUCUGGGCACGUGAAGGGUACCCUUACAAUACCAGUUCUUACCACUGAUAAGAUCUCUGACUUGAAAAGAAAAAUUAAGAAAUCCUUGCAGAUUUCAGGGGAAAGGAAUACAGCGACUGGCAUCAUUCCUGCUAAGGAGCAGCAGUCAUGUCCUGAUUAUGUAAACAAGAAAAAGCUUUCCAGGACUUCUUCGGCUAUUGAAAUGUUGACAAAACAAAUGACAAAUUCAGCUUCUUCUUCAAAAAUCACACCUUGUAAACAGGCUGUGUCUCAAACUUCCAAUUCCUACAUAACCACCCCUCCACAAUCUAAAGAUUCUUUCUUCACACCUCCCAGUAAACUUGGACCACCUACACCUGCAUCUCCUAAAACCUCUGAAAACAAGUCAUCUUUGGUUCGCAAGUUACAUUUUGGAGCUUCAUCUGAUCCUCCCACUUCAGCACAAUCUCCCACUUCACCUAAACAGCCCAAUACUCCUCUUAGGCAGGUUCUUCCUCAGAUUAGUAGACAACUAAGUUUACACUGUACUUCUGCUAAAGACUUUUUACAAAGAGGAAGCGGACAAAACAGAUCAGUUGUAGCAAAUGAAUUCGACUCUGAAAAUCAUCCAAACCAACAAAUUGGGAGUAAGAAAGGCAUUGGUACUUGGUUCACAGAAAACAUUCAUAAUCUAAAGGGGCAUAUUCGCGUACCAUUUGCAGAAAAGUGACCCUUUCUCAGUUCAACGUCGCAGCAGAGAUUCACUUGCUAAUUGAUAUUUCCCUGCCAUAUAAAUAAAUCCAAGGAGAUUCACUUAGUAAUUUUUAAAGUUAGUCCUUGAAUAAGACAAGCAGCUCCCCUUAUACUGGCAGGCAUAGGCAUAUCAUACCAAGAAAGAAGACAGGUACUUUUGAAAUCAAUUUUCUGGGGCUAUAUAUCUUCAUAUCCCUUAUCUGCUGCAUUCUAGAAUGCAAUGAAUAGCAGUGAACCUGCACUGAUUGAUGUGAAGUGUGUAUCUAUUAGCAAUUGUAUUUGAAGAGCAAUUUGUUUCAGAUUCUUUUUACGGGUAAAUCUUGUUAAUAGAAAUUAUUCUUUCUUUUCCA